UCCCUGGCCCUUCCAGUUUUGAGGCCUCCUUAUCCCAAACCAGCUGCCGCAUAAGAAUGCCUUCGGGGUACAGGCAGAGGAGAGCAAAGGAGAGAAAGAAGCUUCCUGCUGUCCAGAUUUUUCCCUCUGUCCUCAGUGGAAGGGCCCAGCAGCCAAGACCGGGGGGUCGUUCUCCAUCUCUGUGGUGUCUGCUUGUGCCCAGAUGCUGGCUGGUUGCCGGUGAUCUCAGUAUUCCGUUCCUGGACAUCCAUAGAUUUUUUGAUUGCAAAAUGCUUCUCAGUUUACAGCCACGAGCAACCUCGGCCACUUGGAGAAGCUGGGAAAAGAGGCACCUUCCUCUCCACAGCUCCAGCUUUCCCUGGAAGAAUGUAGCUCUCCUGCUGAUGCUUUCCCUCUCUUUGGAACAGACAUCUGCAGUGCUACUCCACAAAGUCAAAAAGAAAGUAGGAACAUGCCCUCAAGAAAGGCUCAUCUGUAGGACUAAAGUUCCAGAUGUGUGUAGAAUAGAUUUGGAUUGCCAUGAUUACCUGAAGUGCUGCUCUUUCAAUUGUGGGAGGAGGUGCCUGGAUCCGUUCCAAGAACCCUGUAUGCUACCCAAAGACUCAGGAAAGUGUAAGAGUAAUCAAUUGCGCUGGCAUUUUGAUAUGGAAAAACGGUUAUGCCAAUCCUUUACAUAUCAAGGCUGCCAUGGGAAUGCCAACAACUUCUUCACUUUGGAAGACUGUGAGAAGGCUUGCCUGUUAACUGUCAAGGAAGGACAAUGCCCACACUUUCCUCUGAGGGAUCACCUGGCCUGUACAUCUUCUUGUAAGAGUGACAUCGAGUGCCCCAAUGCCGAAAAGUGUUGUGAAUCCAUGUGUGGCUUUAUUUGUUCCGAGUCCUGGACGGUGAAAGACGGUGAAUGCCCACCAAUGCCCACGGACUGUUUAAAGAUUAAUAGACCCACAUGUCUGAAGGAUAGUGAUUGUCCACUGACAGAGAAGUGCUGCUCACGCUGUGGGCUGAUAUGCCUGAACCCAAAUGAGGAACAGAAUCCUGGACAUAGUUAUGGGAUCUACUACCCAGAAAAUGACUACCUGGAAAGUAUAUGAAGCUGGAAGUGAAAAGCACAUUGGUUAUUGGUGAUUCUCAAGUGGUUCGAGGCUUUUUCUAACUGAUCCGAGGAGGCUCUCCUGAAAUAGAGUGAAUUUUAUCUUCAAAUAUCUUUUAAGCACCUAGUCAUAUAAUGGUUUCUCUCUUCUGGUAUGUUGGUAUAAUAACUCUUAUUAUUAAACAUUCAAAGGUUGAAUCUUGCAUUCCUGGAAUGACCUUCAUUUUAUGGAGGGUGUACUUGUACUAUUACGUUAUUGACUCUUUUAGAAAAUAGUUUAUUU